CUUUACACCUUAAAUAGCGAAAUCUUAUUCAAGAUUUUAAAAAUGGGUUAGUCCAAUAUACUUUCGAGUUGUCAUAAAAAAUAAGAACUUCCACUCAUUCCAUCUUCUUCUUCUUUUACACAAUCUGAUAGAAACUCAUAUCAAUUAAAACAUAAGAUUGGACCAUAUCUCAAUAGAACAGAUUCAGAUCAUUACAAAUUAAAAGAAUGGAAUAAUAUACUCUAAACUACAAACUUUUAAGAUUUUGAUCUUGAAAAAGAACUCAUUCAAAAAUAUCAUCAUUGUACAUUCCCAUUAGAAAAGUCACUUUAAACAUAUUACAUUAUAAGCAAAUAACAUUAUAUCAAUCUAAUUAAAUAAGGCCCUCCAUCCAAAUUAAGAUGGGCUGCAUGGAAAUCUAUACUUUUAAAAAAUUAAUAUCCAUACAAUUAUCAUGGAUCAUCAGAACUUAUUAAUAAAGAUAUCAAAAGAACAUUAAUUAAUCAUCCCUUCUUUUAAACAACUAAUGAUAAUUACACUAUUGCUCAUUUAUAAUUGUAUAACAUUUUAUAAGCCCUUGUUAAUAUAUAUCCAAUACUUGGCUAUUGUUAAGGAAUGAAUUUUAUUGCUGGAUUUCUACUCCUUGUUUCUGGUGGUGAUGAAUACUAUAGUUUUUAAUGUCUUGUCACUUUAUUUGCACAUCCUAAAUUUAUGCUCUAUUUUAAUUAUGAUUCAAAAUUUCAAUUACUUGGAUUCUUAGAAUUUAUCACCCAAAAAUUAUUAUUAAAGUAUCAACCUCAACUUUAUAAACAUUUAAAUUCAUAACUCAAAUUUCCAGAAUCCUUUUGGUUAACUAAAAUCAUACUGACACUCUUUUUAUACAACCUCUAAUUGUAAUAUUGUCUACGAAUUUGGGAUUACAUUAUUGUUGAAGGCAUCUUUUACUUACCAUCCUUAAUUAUAACAAUACUUGAUUAGUUUCAAUCUUAAAUAUUAGCUAUUAAUGAGUUCUCAGAAAUUGCAAUAUGGUUUUAACAAUUAGAUUAAUAGUCUUUAAAUGUACAUGGCCUAGAUGAUUCAAAUAAAUAUAGAUUGCAAAAACAUGAAAUAUAAUAGUAUGCAAAAGAAUAUCGGAAGGAGUUACCUUUGAUUGAAUAAUUAUAAUCAUAUCCAAAAGGUUUAAGUAAUUUUUUGAAGGAUAUGCUUAAUUGA